GCAUCAACUCUCAUAUGUGUCGAUGGAUGAUCUCUCGGAAUUCUUUGUGAUUGAGGAGAUGUUUAUUUCGGAGCCAAGUGUCGCCGGAAUGAAACCGUCGACAAGCAAGACGACACAUUCACCUCCACCUGAAGAACCGACAGCUCCAUUUGUGAAUGAUAACUUGCCAAAUCCCGAAGACGAGCCAACCAUCGGCGACCUCAACGCAUUCCACUCGGGCGAGGAGCUUCAUCGUCAACGAUCAGAGCUAGCACGUGCAAAUUACGAGAAAGCCCGACCCGAAAUGAUUGCAAAUCAACGAGCAGUCACUGCACACUUAUUUAAUAGAUAUACAGAAGAUGAAGAACGGAAGAGAGUUGAACAACAAAAGAAUAAAGAAGCAAUGAAUGCAUCGACAUCAGCUCCAACUUCAUCCAGGAAUGGUGGACAAAGUGUUGAGAAUAGAAAACGACGAAAUGAUGUAGUUGUAGCACCGCCGACAAGUGAAGAAGAAUGGAAAAGAGCACAGCAACAACAUUGGAUGGGUCAGCAGCAACCACAAAUGCAAUUUCAGAUGCAACAACAAUAUCAUUCCCAACAACAACAGUAUAUUAUGAUGCAACAACAACAUCAUCAUAUGACUGGAAUGCAACAAAUUCAUCAUCAAAUGCCAUCAACAUCAUCUGCUGAUUCUAUUCGUUCAGUCCCAACACCAGCUUCUUCAAUGCAUCAACCGAGUCCAGCAGAAAUGAGAAAUGGUUGUGGAAUGUCUAGAAAUGCGACAAUGGAUAUGACAUGCUCACCGAUGAGUGGAGGCCAGCCGAUUGUCGACGAGAAUAAUUUGGCUGUUCCAGAAGGCGAAUGGUUUGAUAAGUUGGCGCUUGCUGUGGCUGAGCAAUACAAUGUUGAUACAAUAUUGGGUCCGGAUACCUACGACACAUUUCUAGCCGAACUGGACUUUUCAUCCUCCGAAUCACCAACGAAGCAGUCUCCGAUGGAAAUGAAUGGCGAUCGGAUGCCGUCGACGGCUCCACCACCAGCUCAGAAUCCACAACACAUUGCUCAGCUUCAACAGCAGCAAAAUAAGAUGAGAUUGAUGCAGCAACAGCAACAGGAAAUGCAACGAAUUGAACAGCAAAGGAGGCAGCAGAUUAUGCAGCAACAACAACAGCAGCAGCAACAAGAACAUCAACGACAACAGAUGCUUCUACAGCAGCAGCAACAACAACAACAAAUGCAGCAACAUCAUCAAAUGAAUGGAGGUGGACAAUUUGCGACGCAGGCACAUCAGCAGGCUGCUUAUAUGCAGCAAAUGCAGAGAAUGGAGCAGAUUCGACACCAACAACAACAAGCCCAACAACAUCAACAGGCUCAACAGCAACAUCAGCAGCAAGCUCAACAUCAUCAAAUGGGUUACGGUAUUCCGAAUGGAUAUCCACAGCAAAUGCAUAUGCAUCCACCGGCCUACGGAGCCCAUCACAUGCCACAACCCACUGCAUUCGCUAAUAUCAAUUGAUUUUAGAAAAUUGCGAAACCAAAAGAUAUCUGUGCAAUUAUUCAUUUUUUUGUGAAUGAUUUUUUCCCAUUUUUUCCAUUUUUCCCCCCGAUCAAAUUCCUUGCCUUUAAGAGUGGAGUAGCGGUGAUUUUGCUUCUUCUAAAAAUCUGAAAUCGUCUUAAAUUUAGAAAUUCCACAAAAGAAAAAUGAAAAAAUACGCGAUUUUUCAAUUUUGGCUGAAUUCAAACUGCAACCAAUCAGCGAUUCGCUCCGCCCACUUUUGAACCAAUAAGAUAAAUUGGUCUCAUUUUGGAGGGAAGUUUAAAAAAAUUGAGAAAUCACGAUUUUUUCGCUUUCUUUGGUGGUUUUUUGU